UGAUUAUAUGUGCUUUAAAGAACAUGCAACAAAAGCAAACACAUUUGGACCAAGUGGAGAUGAAUAUAAUGGAAAAGAAAAACUCAAUAGAUAAAGAAAAGGAAAGAAUCAUAGAAAAAUCAGAGGAGUUACUCCUGAGAGAGAAAGAGCUGGAGGAUAAAAUGAAGUUUCUCAAAGCUGAGGCAAUGCUACAACAGAAAGAAAAACAAUUUAAGUGUCUGAAGAAAACUGAAAGUGAAAAUAAAAAGAAACCAAUGCAAACUCAGGUACAUAAACCAAAAGAAAUAGAGAAGGAAGACCAAUCUGGAAAAGAGCCAAAAGAAGAAAAGGUAGAUGCGCAUUUGAUGAGAAACAUAGAAGAACAAAUACUAUCAAAAGAUCUGCAGGAAAGACUUGUGUUGCAACUGAAUGAACCACUUGAGGAGGACAUUAAGGAGAAGAAAGACAUAUCAAAAACAGAAAUACAAUUACAUGAAAAAACUGAAAAUGCACCAAGAAAAAAGAAAUUUCAAACUAAAAGGAAACCAGAGCUUGGAUGUAAAGAAACAGAGCAUGAAAAUCCAAACCUGCAGAAAGACAAAGGCUUGAAAAACCUACCUGGAACUGAACUGUUGAUAAAUAAAGACAUGUUUAACUUUGACAAAAUGAAAGAUGAAAAAGAAAUUAAACAGGUAGAACCAGAUGAACAAGAUGACACAGAUAUGCUACAAACUAAAGUGAUUAAGCAGGCAAAAAUAGAAGAACUGAAACCUAAAGAAGAGAUAGAAGUGAGAGCAAAGGGUCUGAUAAGAAUGUCUGAUAUGGUCAAGGAAAAGGAGCAUUUGAAACAUCAGUGGAGGCCAAACAUUGUACAAAAUGAAGAUCUUGAACAACUGAAGGCAGAGUUGAAGCAAGAGAGAGCUGAUCUGAAACAAAUGAAUGAGAUGAUGAAUAAAGAGAGACUGGACUUGGAGCUGAUGAGAUCUGACAUCCAGAAACAAAAUGAGAAAUUAGAAAAGGAGAAACAGGACAUAAAAGAGGAAAGAGAGAAAUUGGAAAUUACAAAGGCUGAGCUAGAAAAGAAGAAAAAAUAUGCAGACAGUCUGUUUGAUGAGAUAGACACAGAGAAAGCCAGCAUUAAACAUCUGACCCUCCAAGUUCAGACAGAAAGAAACAAACUUGAAAAUGUCAUGAACAUGAUUGCCUUAAAACAAAAAGAACAAGAACUCAAGGAAGAUGAGUUCAAAAUACUAAAACAAGAUAUAGAAACCAGUAAGAACAAUGUCCUUACAGAAAGAGGAGAACUGGACGUUUUAAGGAAGGAUCUGAACAAGAAGAAAGGAGAGGUUGAAGCGGCGAUGAAAAGCAUGAGUAGAGAGAGAGAACAACUCAGUAAAAUGAAGAAUGACAAUGAGAAAGACAGAGAAAUGAUUCUGAUUGAAAAGGACAGAAUAGAAGUUCAAUGCUCUGAACUGAAGAUGAGACCAGAUGAACUCAUGAAUGAAAUUAAGUCAAUACAAACUCUGAGAAGGAAGCUUCAACAGCUUAAAGAAAGGAUCACUGAAGACAUGAAAAACAAAAGGGACAAUUUGUAACAAAGGUCUGAAGAUGUGCAAAUGCUGUACACUGUAUUGGUAGAAAGGGUGGCAGACCUUGAUGGAGAAAAAGCAAAAAUAAUUUCUUACACUGACCUUUUAGAGAGACAAAAGGAAUGUCUGAAAGGUAUACCAUCAGAUGUGGUCACCCAUAGACAGGGCAUGGAAAAUCAGUGGAAGCAAGGGUUUGAGUUGGAAAAACAAGAUCUUGAAAAACUGAAAGCAGUGCUGAAGCAAGAGAAAGAGGAUCUGGAUAAAGUGAAUGAGAUCAUGACCAAAGAGAGACUGGAGCUAGAAACCAGUAAGAACAGUGUGCU